CACACACCUCUCUCUCCCUCAGUGCACGUGGAGAAGGAAAUGAAACGAUCCAGGCAGCAGGGAUGAGGCAGAGCCCAAGGAAAACAUGGCCACGUCAGGUGACUGCCGCGGGAGUGAAGCUCAGGAAGAAGAAGCUGUGCAGGCCAGCGAGGCAGAGCCCCUGCAGGAGGGAGUGCAGCCGGAGGAGUUCGUCGCCAUUGCAGACUACGCCGCCACCGAUGAGAACCAGCUUAGUUUCUUGAGAGGAGAGAAAAUUCUCAUUCUGAGACAGACGACUGCAGACUGGUGGUGGGGUGAGCGAGCCGGCUGCUGUGGGUACAUUCCAGCGAACCACGUGGGCCGGGCCGUGGAGGAGUACGACCCUGAGGACACGUGGCAGGAUGAGGAGUACUUCGGCAGCUAUGGGACUCUGAAGCUGCACCUGGAGAUGUUGGCUGACCAGCCUCGCACAACCAAGUACCACAGCGUCAUCCUGCAGAACAAAGAGGCCCUGGAGGGCAAGGUCAUUCUGGACGUUGGCUGUGGUACUGGAAUCAUCAGCCUCUUCUGCGCCCACUAUGCACGCCCCAAGGCAGUGUAUGCUGUGGAGGCCAGUGAGAUGGCACAGCACACAGGCCAGCUGGUCCUGCAGAAUGGCUUCGCUGACACUAUCACCGUGUUCCAGCAGAAGGUGGAAGAGGUGGUACUGCCUGAGAAGGUGGACGUGCUUGUGUCUGAGUGGAUGGGGACCUGCCUGCUGUUUGAGUUCAUGAUCGAGUCCAUUCUAUUUGCCCGGGACGCCUGGCUGAAGGAGGACGGGGUCAUGUGGCCGAGCUCAGCCGCACUGCACCUUGUGCCCUGCAGUGCUGACAAGGACUACCACAGCAAAGUGCUCUUCUGGGACAACGCCUACGAGUUCAACCUCAGUGCACUCAAAUCUUUAGCCAUUAAGGAGUUUUUCUCAAAGCCCAAGUACAACCACGUUCUGAAGCCAGAAGACUGUCUGUCUGAUCCGUGCACCAUCCUGCAGCUGGACAUGCGGACAGUGCAAAUCUGCGACCUGGAGACCAUGCGGGGCGAACUGCGCUUCGACAUUCAGAAGGCGGGCACCCUGCACGGCUUCACUGCCUGGUUCAGCGUGCACUUCCAGAGCCUGGAGGACGGCCAGCCACCGCAGGUGCUGAGUACCGGCCCGCUGCAUCCCACCACGCACUGGAAGCAGACACUAUUCAUGAUGGAUGACCCAAUACCCGUGCAAGCAGGAGACGUGGUCACAGGCUCAGUGGUGCUGCAGAGAAACCCCGUGUGGAGAAGGCACAUGUCAGUGGCCCUCAGCUGGGCGGUCACCUCCCCACAAGACCCCACAUCUCAGAAGGUUGGAGAGAAAGUCUUCCCCAUCUGGAGAUGACAGCUGUGGAGCGCUGGCUGUGUGGUCCACGAUCCUCCUGCCUGCAGGGGACGUGGGCCCUGGGCGACCCUUCCGAGCCCUGCCCAUGCCCUGCCCACAUCCUGCCCAGUGCCUGACCCCUAGAAUAGGCUGUUCCCAGGUGUGUGCCCAGAGGACCUGCAGAUCAUGGCUCAGUGUUGCUGGGCUAAGUCCAGUCCUGAACUCCUGGACGCAUGCACCUCCACUCAUGUACCUGUGACAGUGAUGUUGCCACGUUGUGUGUUAGUGGUGUCCUUGCUGCAUUGGCCCAUCCACUCAUUGCUAUGUAGGAUUCUGUGGGACCGUGUGGGAGGCAGAGCCACCCUGGGUGUGGGAGGCAGUGGCACACGUGGUGGGCUUUGCAUGAGAUAGUCCAGUGUGUAGUCAUCUUCCUAGUAAAUUCUGUGCUGGCAUAUUGUAUGUGAUCAAUACAUAUUUUUAAAUGAACUAAUAA